UUCUGUAAUUUCAAAGAUGGCGGCGGUCCGGUGGCUGUCGUGUGUCCUCCGGGUAACUGUAAGAGGGCCCCCCCCGGUACAGGUGCUGGGGGGCGUGCGGCACCUGACUUGCAUGGCCUGGCUUGCCCCCACCUCCAGGGCUCCCGUUCCAACAUCCACGGCGCUCCCCCUGCUCCAGAUCCGAAGCAGCAGCUUUUUCAACAAGUUGACCGCAGAGGAGCUGUGGAAGGGAGUCCUGGCCAGCAGCGGCGCCGGCGCACGAAAGGGUCGAGGAAAGAGGACCAAGAAGAAGAUCAAGAAGGAUCUGAACAAGGGUCAAGUUCUGGGCGAAGGGCGGGCUGGCUUCCUGUGGCCAGGCCUGAACAUGGCAGUUUCCCGGGAGGGCACAGCCAAGAGCAUCGCCCGGCGGGAUCCAGCCGAGCAGCAGGAGCUGCAGGCCGAGCGCCUCCGGCAGCGGGAGGAGUGGGACCGGCGGCGCAAGAUGAAGGUGAAACGGGAGCGCGGCUGGACUGGCCACUCCUGGGGGGGCGUCAGCAUCGGGCCCCCUGACCCCGGUCCCAACGGAGAAACCUAUGAGGACUUCGACUCGCGUGUCCUUGAGGUGAAAAAUGUCUUCAACAUGACAGCAAAGGAAGGACGGAAGAAGUCAGUGAGCUGUCUGGUCGCCGUCGGAAACGGCCAUGGGGUGGCGGGGUUUGCCCUUGGGAAAGCAACUGAUCGAAUGUCUGCCCUGAGAAAAGCGAAGAACAGAGCGGUGCAGUACCUGUAUUGCAUUGAGAGAUUCAACAACCACACCAUCUACCACGAUAUCACCUCGACCUUCAAGAGAACCACGCUUCGUAUGAAGAAGCAGAACCUGGGGUAUGGGCUGCACUGCCACCGAGCCAUCAUCACCAUCUGCAAGCUGAUCGGCAUCGAGGACAUGUACUGCAAGGUGGUCGGGCCCACCAACCUCCUGAACCUCACCCGGGCUCUGUUUCAGGGCUUGGCCAGCCAAAAAACCCACCAGAACCUGGCGGAGAAGAAACAGCUCCACGUGGUCGAGUUCCGCCAUGAGACCGGGCCCCUGCCCCACGUGGUUGCAUCACCGGCCAAGGGAGCACGGCCGGACCCCGAGCCUGAAGGCGAGGUCCCUGACACCAAGCUGGAGUGGGAUGAGGUGCGGGCUGCUCAAGGCCAGCGGCGCUCACCCUGGGCCGGGGUCAAGCGGACCGUCUGGUGAAGAACCUCACGGCCGAAGCCACCUGCAUCUGGCCAGCUGAUGGGUCUACAGACAGUCCCUGCCCCCCACGCUCACCCAAAAAUGGGACAUUCACAACACUUGUUAUAAAUGACCUUCAAGGGUCUCCGGGGUGGGGGGGGGAUCUCGGGUUCCAUCAGGUAUCAUUGGAGGAGAGCUGAAACCAUCUGGAUAUAUAGAAAUACAUUGGAAAGUCAAGUCUGGCUGAAAACUUUGAUGAAUUGCUCAUUUUUGUUGUGCUACAUGAUUAAUAAAGCCUAUAAAACUGGGGAA